UCACAUCAGCCACCGCAGCCAGAGCCAAACCCCCGCCGCCCGAGCAGACGAUGGAGGAGCGGAUCUGAACUCAUCUGGGCUACCGAUUAAAACAUGCUGCUCGAUCAAACCAGCUUUCCCCGCAAAAUCACCCGAACGACCGACUGAUUGAUAUGUGAACCGAUUCAGGCCGCUGUCAGAUCCAGUAGAAGUCGCGGUCAUGUACUCUGAGUGGCGGUCUUUACACCUGCUGGUCCAGCAUGAUCAGGGCCACCUGAGCGUCUUACACACUUACCCUCCCGGCGUGGGGCGAGACGUGGCAAACGCUGUGGUGCGGCCCCUCGGAGGAGCGCCGUCUGAGUGCCUCCUCAAGACUGACAAGGAGGUGAAGUGGACCAUGGAGGUGCUGUGUUACGGCCUGACGCUGCCGCUGGAUGGAGACAAUCCAAAAUUGUGUGUGGACGUCUACACUGACUGGAUGAUGGCCCUGGUGUCUCCACGAGACUCUAUACCCCAGCCCAUCAUCAAAGAGCCCAACCUCUACGUCCAAACCAUCCUCAAACACUUGCACAACCUUUUCCUGCCCAGACUAGAGCACUUCAGCCUGGUGCACUUUAAAUUGUGUCAGCAAGUGCUGUCUGCAGUGCAGAAGUUGGCACGUGACUCGUCCGGCAUGGCCAGGGAGACGUGGGAAGUGCUGCUCCUCUUCCUGCUGCGCAUCAAUGACACACUACUGGCCCCGCCCACUGUGGGAGGUGGAAUAGCAGAGAAGUUGGCUGAGAAGUUGAUCAGCGUGCUGUUUGAGGUUUGGUUCCUGGCCUGCACGCGCUGCUUCCCCACGCCGCCCUACUGGAAGACGGCCCGAGAGAUGCUGGCCAACUGGAGACAUCACCCUCCGGUGGUGGAGCAGUGGAGUAAAGUCAUCGCUGCUCUCACUUCCAGACUGCUGCGGUUCAUGUACGGCCCGUCCUUCCCUCCGUUUAAAGUUCCAGAGGAAGACGCCGGCCUCAUCCCCGCUGAGAUGGACAACGACUGUGUGUCUCAGACGUGGUAUCGAUUUCUACACAUGCUCAGUAACCCCGUGGACCUGAGCAAUCCCGUCAUAGUGAGUUCCACCCCAAAGUUUCAGGAGCAGUUGUUGGGGGGGAACAGCGUUCCUCACGAGGUCAUUCAGCACCCCUGCCUCAAACAGCUGCCUCAGAUCUUCUUCAGAGCGAUGAGGGGCGUCAGCUGCCUCGUGGACGCUUUCCUCGGAGUCUCAGUGUCUAGGAGCAAUAUUCAAGACAGACUUCCCUCUAUAGGUGUCGCUGUAUCUAGGAACAAUUUUCGAGACAGACUUCCAUCUUAUGGUAUUUCCCGCCCCCGGUCAGACAGCGCUCCGCCCACACCUGUCAAUCGGCUCAGUAUGCCCACGCCCCCAACGACAACCAACACUACACCCCCUCACAACCGCAGGCACCGCCCCACUGCUGUUGUCAAGACAACCAGCAAAGCCUCAACGACUGGUCAGGCCAAAGUCUCGCACCAGCCGUCAUCCACUUCCCCGCUCUCCAGCCCAAACCAGACGAGCUCUGAGCCGCGGCCGCUUCCGGCUCCGACCCGGCCGAAGGUCAACAGUGUGCUGAAUCUGUUUGGUCAGUGGCUGUUUGACGCUGCGCUGGUCCACUGUAAACUCCACUCCGGCCUGAGCAGAGACAGCAGCAUGACCGCGACAUUUUUCCAAAUUCUUCUUUCUUAUAAAUCUUCCCUAGCGACUCAAGCUGGAGUUGAACUGAGACGUAAAGGCUCUCAGAUGUCCACGGACACAAUGGUGUCCAACCCCAUGUUCGACGCCAAUGAGUUUCCUGAUAAUUACGAGUCGGGUCGAGCCGAAGCGUGUGGGACGCUGUGCAGGAUCUUCUGCAGUAAGAAGACGGGAGAGGACAUACUUCCAGUGUACCUGUCCAGGUUCUACAUGGUCCUCAUCCAGGGUCUUCAGAUAUCGGACUUCAUUUGCAGGCCGGUUUUAGCCAGCAUCAUCCUCAACUCCUCGGCUCUGUUCUGCUCCGAUCUCAAAGGGAUCAAUGUUGUGGUUCCUUACUUCAUAUCGGCGCUGGAGACCAUCCUGCCGGACCGAGAGUUGUCUAAGUUUAAGUCGUAUGUGAACCCCACCGAGCUGAGAAGAGCUUCCAUCCAUAUCCUGCUGUCCAUGCUUCCUCUUCCUCACCACUUCGGCAACGUCAAAUCAGAGGUUCUGUUAGAGGGGAAAUUCAGCAAUGAUGACAACUCUCUUCACGACAAGGCGGUCACCUUCCUCUCCCUGAAGCUGCGAUUGGUCAAUAUUUUGAUUGGCGCCCUGCAAACAGAGACAGACUCGAUCAAUACACAGAUGAUACUAGCGGCAAUGCUGAAUAUCGUCCAGGAUUCGGCUCUGUUGGAGUCUGUUGGGGCUCAAGCUGAAGUGGGCAGCGUGGAUGGAAGCCAUUCUCUGGAUAAGAGCCACAGUCGUAAUAACAGCGGCAUCAGCAACGCUAGCGCAGGCAGCUCCGAGGCUACGACUCCAGACAGCGAACGCCCCGCGCAGGCCCUGAUGAGGGACUACGCUCUCCACACAGACACGGCGGCCGGGCUGCUGAUCCGCAGCAUCCACCUGCUCACCCAGAGACUCAACUCUCAGUGGAGACUGGACAUGAGCAUCUCGCUGGCCGCUCUCGAGCUGCUGGCCGGCCUCGCCAAGGUGAAGGUGAGCGUGGAGUCGUCGGAUCGUAAGCGUGCGGUCAGCUCCGUGUGCAGUUAUAUCGUGUAUCAGUGCAGCCGUCCGGCUCCGCUUCACUCCAGAGAUCUGCACUCCAUGAUCGUCGCUGCUUUCCACUGUCUGUGCGUCUGGCUCACAGAGCACCCCGACAUGCUCAAUGAGAAGGACUGUCUGAUCGAGGUGUUGGAAAUCGUCGAGCUCGGCAUCUCGGGCAGUAAGUCCAAAACCGGCGAACAGGAAGUGAAGUACAAAGGUGAUAAAGAGCACAACCCGGCGUCGAUGAGGGUCAAAGACGCUGCCGAGGCCACACUGUCCUGUAUAAUGCAGGUGUUGGGUGCGUUCCCAUCUCCCAGCGGCCCCGCAUCGCCCUGCAGUCUCCUGAACGAAGACACGCUGAUCAAAUACUCCCGGCUCACCUCCACGUCUCACAGCAACUUCAGAUACUUCGUCCUGGACAACUCCGUCAUCCUGGCCAUGCUGGAGCAGCCGCUGGGAAACGAGCAGAACCCCUGUCCGUCAGUCACCAUGUUGAUCAGAGGCAUGUCCGGUCGACACGCGUGGACGAUGCAGCUCUUCCAUCAGCCUCGAGGAGCAAGAGCCAAUCAGAAGCAAGUGUUUGUUCCUGAAAGCCGACCGGCUCCCAAAAACGAUGUAGGGAUUCGGUUUAACGUCAAGCACAGGCCGUUCCCAGAGGAAGUGGAUAAGAUUCCAUUCGUGAAAGCCGACCUGAGCAUCCCGGAUCUCCAUGACAUUGUGGAUAAAGAGUUGGAGCAGCAGCAUGAUAAGCUGCGAGGCGUGAUGGGAAAGCAGAUCGAGUACGAGACGAAGCUGGAGCACUGCACGGAGGAGUCCUGGAGGAACAAACCCUUCCCAGAUCCGCUGACGGACUGUAAACCGCCGGCUCCCGCUCAAGAGUUCCAGACGGCCCGCCUCUUCCUCUCGCACUUCGGCUUCCUGUCACUAGAGGCGCUCAAGGAGCCUGGAAACAGUCGACUGCCUCCUCACCUCAUCGCUCUGGACUCAUCUGUGUCAGGCUUUUUCGACGACAUCGGCUACCUGGACCUGUUACCGUCCCGGCCGUGUGACACCGUGUUUAUCUUCUACAUGAAAGCUGGACAGAAGAGCAGCCAAGAGAUCUUGAGGAACGUGGAGUCGUCUGCAAAUGUACAGCCACACUUUCUGGAGCUGCUGUUGUCUCUGGGAUGGCCGGUGGAGGUCGGACAGCAUCCGGGAUGGACGGGCAGUGUGUUCACCAGCUGGACUAUCAACACAUCCAACGGUGCUGAGACACCUGAUGACUCAGUGACUCUGGGAGACACUGGUGGCGGUGUGUUUAAUGGAGAGAAGCGGGUGCUCUAUUACGCAGACGCUCUGACGGAAAUCGCCUUCGUCGUGCCGUCCCUCGGCGACUCGUCCGCCGAGUCCUCGGAGCACAGCUUCCCGACGGCAGACUCGGACUCUCAGAUGGAGCUGUUACCCAGUUUACCGAAGCAGCCCAACCUCACGCUGGAGCUCUUCCCCAAUCACUCCGACAGCAUGGGACCCACACAGCGGUCCCCGACAGUGAAAAGCAGGAAGUUGCCGGCUGGCCGGACGAUACCGCCGUUAGGACCGGACGCCAAAGUGCUGGUCGUGUGGGUUGAGCGAUACGAUGACAUAGAGAACUUCCCCGUGUCGGAGUUACUGGCGGAGACGAGCACCGGUGUGGAGACGACCGUCAACAGCAGCACUUCCAGGUCCAGCUCCUCAGAGAAGGACGUUCCUAUAAUAUUCAUCCAUCCGCUGAAGACCGGCCUGUUUCGGAUCAAACUGCACGGAGCUCUGGGCAAAUUCAGCAUGGUCAUUCCUUUAGUGGACAACAUGGUGGUCAGCAGGAGAUCACUGGGAUUCCUGGUGCGUCAGACUGUAAUAAACGCGUGUCGGAGGAAACGUCUCGAGAGCGACUCUUACAGCCCUCCACACGUGCGGCGGAAACAGAAAAUCGCUGAAAUCGUGAACCGCUACCGUAACAAACAGCUAGAGCCCGAGUUUUACACCUCGCUGUUCCUGGAGGUCGGUGAGACGAGCCUCAACCCGUAAACGAACACAGUCCAGCGCAAACCAAGGUGGAUUUCAUCUGCGCUGAUGGUUUUGAAUUAAUUUUUUAUUAAUUAUGAAGUUUUUUUUUUUAUGUCAAUUUGUGCCCACCUGACAUGAGGAUUUAUGUCUCCUAUGUAUCUCAUAAAAACCGGUCAUGGUUAUAUUUCACCCUAUAAUAAAUAAAUUACACACACACAUAUAUAUAUAUAUAUAUAUAUAUAUAUAUAUAUAUAUAUAUAUAUAUAUAUAUAUAUAUAUAAACUAUAUAACAUAAACACAGUGAAGCGUGUUUUUAUAGAUUUUUGAUCAUUAAGAGUUUUUGUGACAUUAUUUUCAGCACAUUUCCUCCCCAAAUUGUCAAUACAUUUAUUUUUAUUCAUAAUAAAUAUAUAUAUUUUUAAAUUUAAUAAAUAAUAAUAAUUUAUAAAGAAUCAUUUUUAUUUCUCAAAUGUGAUUUUUCAUUACUGUAAUACCACAAAAAUACUGAAGUACAAUUUUUUUUAUUUAAAUUGUCACAAUUAAUAGGCACUACAACAAAUACCACCAUGAUAUAAAAAAUAUUUUCACAUUUAAACAAUACAUUGUAAUUUUUGCAUUUAUUUUUUUUGCUUUUUUUUAUAUUUUUUUUGCAUUGCAUUAAUAAAAAUGUUAAUUCAGUCUUAAAAACAAGCUUUCUUUGCAUCAUGUAACUAUAAUUUCUUAUUUCUUGUGAUUUUUGGAGAGAAAUAUGACUCCUUGACCGGUUUAGUGAGACUCACCCUGUUACUGUACUUCACAACGAAUGACAUUUCACUUCAUCAUGUUUAUUAUUUGAAGGAACGUCCUCACAUGAAGCCAUUUCCUCUAAAGCACUAUGAAAAUGAACACUAAACUCCAGCAGCCAGUGAUCAGAUGCCGGUCGCCUCUUCCUCUUCCUCUUCAGGUCAUGCGUAUAACUCUUCAUCAUGUAGUCAGCUCUGCCUCGUCUUUCUUUCUGAAAGCUGUGUCAGUCUACAGACGUUGAGGAGCGUUCACGUCUCAUGUAUGUAUUUUGAUGGUUUAAACUGCUGAGUACGGAGCGCACAGAUCCUCGCCGUGAUGCUACUUUACUUCCACCGUAAUGCAUUUCAGUCGAAAGACAUUAUAAGGGCUUAUCAUUUACUUCCUUUCUUUUAUUCCGUGUUUCUGACUCUUUCACAUUUGCUGCAUUUCAGACUCUACAUCAUCUGAAGUCACCUUUUUAGACAGCACUGCAGGAGUAACCCAUUCCUGUAUUUAUAUUUAUUUCAGUUUUCCAUUAUGAAAUGCCUUUAAAUGCAGACGUCACCCAAACACAGAGCCAGUUUUGAUGUCCGGUUAUGCAUAAUAAUAAUUCUGGAUUUGCACAUCACGUCGCAUUUUUGUGGUCAGAAGCUCCCUGUGAACGCUGCGUUUCUUUUGUAAGAACAAACUGUAAAGGACGGUUGCUCGGAGGCGUCUCUUUUUCCGUGUAAAUAUUGACGGCAUGGACUUUGUAUAAAGUUUGACUUUCUAUGUACAUAUACGCGGGUGUGAAGUUCUGCUCACUCAUCUUAUAUUAUUGAUUAGGGACGGCACAACAGAUGAACACUUGUUUGUAUUUAUGCCCUCAUAUAUGUGUCCAAACCAAACAUUGGAUAUUGAAUGUAACACAUGUAAUGGAAUAAAGAUUUUAAUGAAACUCUUCUCAGAUGCA